UGGUCUCAUUUGUUCUAUCCGACAGGUUUUUAAAUUUAUAACCAUUCCUAGAGUAAACAUUUUCCCGGCACGUAUUUUUGUGUGGCGUGUUUCUGGAUGCACGGAGCUGUCGCGUGUUUCGUUAAAAAAGAAACAUGAAUUACUUCACCCCACAAUAAACGACAUUGAGUAUACAUGUCUCAGUAAGUGAACAGGUUAUAGCCCUGAAUAAGUUUUAAAAAAUUAUCAUUUUUAGAGAGAUUGCGCGACUUUUAGCUGUCUGUGCAGUUGCUAAAUGAUAGUCUGGCCUAUGUUUUCGUUUAAUUUUAAUUAUUUUAGUGAUAUUUUUACGGGCGAAACGCAGAGAAUACUUUAGAGAUAUAUCCACAUUACGUGUUUUUAGUAGAAUAGUUACAAUUGCGGCCUAUGAAACGUCGAAACAAGGAUGCAAACACCAACAUCAAAACACACAUCGACCUCAGUAUGAACAAGCGCUUCGAUUUUAGGGGAUGUUUUCGAGGACGUCCGCGCUCGAUGUAAACAAAAACAGCGAGUGCUUGUGACCCCAUUAUUUCCUCGUCUUAGUUCGCAGUGAAUACAACGCCGUUUCCAUUUCGUCCGAAACCAUGGCAGAUACAGCAACCACAACCCCAGCCAAGAAGAAGGUUACAAAGCCUAAGGUGCCAGCAGCGCACCCCAAGUACGUUGACAUGAUCAGGGCCGCCCUGGAAUCUUUGAAAGAGCGUGGCGGAUCUUCCAGACAAGCCAUUCUAAAGUACAUAAUGGCCAACUACAAAGUCGGCAACGACGUCAACUCCAUCAACGCCCACUUGAAAAUGGCUUUGAAGAACGGAGUGAAGAAAGGUGCUCUGAAACAAGCCAAGGGCACAGGCGCCAGUGGCUCCUUCAAGCUUGGUGACAAGCCCAAGACUGAGAAGAAGCCAAAGGCCAAGAAAGUUGCCAAGCCUAAGGCAGCAAAACCCAAGAAGGCCGCAGCAGCAAAACCAAAGAAGGUAGCCGGAGAGAAAAAGACUGCAGAGAAGAAGAAGAAGUCCCCCAAGAAAGCAGCCGGACCGAAAAAGGCCGCCCGUAAGAGCGCCCCAGCCACUGGUGGAGUCAAGAAACCCCACAGAUACAGGCCCGGAACCGUCGCUCUCCGUGAGAUCAGGAGAUACCAGAAAAGCACAGAGUUGCUCAUCAGGAAAUUGCCCUUCCAGCGUCUGGUCCGUGAGAUUGCUCAGGACUUCAAGACUGAUCUGCGUUUCCAGAGCUCCGCCGUCAUGGCUCUCCAGGAAGCCAGCGAAGCUUACCUUGUUGGACUCUUUGAGGACACCAACUUGUGCGCUAUCCACGCCAAGAGAGUCACCAUCAUGCCCAAAGACAUCCAGCUUGCCAGACGUAUCCGUGGCGAGAGAGCUUAAAUUUCUUUGUCUCUGACAAAUACAAAACGGCCGUUUUCACGGCCACCUAAAUAUUUAGAAAAGAUGCCUAUAUUACAAUCAAUGACGACUACAAUUCAACGAAAUUGCAUAAGUAAAAAGUGCACAUUUUGAAAACAUGAGAUUAAACCCUACACACAUAAUAUGUACUUCUAAACUCUGCCCUUCUUAUCAUAUUUCACUGUGAACUACAAACAUGACAAUGGUCAAUGUGUAGAAUGAUUUGAUCUGACACAAUAUAAAAGGCCCUUCUGAAGAGAAUAUAUUAUACUAUACCAUACAGCUAUACAUAUGAUUGCAUUGUGAUUGUUUUUUCUCUCUGAAAGUUGUGCAUUUAGUCAUAACAUUACAAGAAAAAUA